GAACAGAGGAAUACUGAAGGUGGAGUGUGUGACGUUCUUCAGAGAAAGGGAGGGAGAGAGAGAACGAGAGAGAGAGAAAAAGGAAGAACUUUUCCAAAGACAUUUUUUUUUCCUUUCUUCUCCCCCUCCUUUUGGCUUAAACAAACAUUACGGAGAGAGAGGUUAAACCUUCACAACCCUUGCCGGGCUGUUUGGAUGGGAAAUGUACGACUGAUAAACCGAAAGAGGAAGAGAGAAAGAAAAGAAGAAGGGGAAAUAAACACUCCGGGAGUUGCUAUAGUCCUGUGUAACAGAUGACGGCAUUAAAAAUUGACAGCGGGAAGCCUGAGGCCUGUUGACAGACGAGAGCAACGUCCUUGACCAUGACGUCAGAGCUGGAUUCCAGUUUGACCAGCAUUGACUGGCUCCCGCAGUUGGGAAUGAGCAGUCUCCGCUCAGGGAAAGAACGAGGGGAGAAAAAGCGAGAACGAGGAAGAGAACGAGAUACGCCCCCGUCCAUCCCAUCCACCUCCCCUCCACCAAACUCCAAAGGGAAGCCACCACAUAGUUAUGCCACACUCAUCGCAAUGGCAAUAAGCUCUGCUCCAGAGGGAAAGCUGAGUCUGAACGACAUCUACACUUGGAUUAGUGAUACAUUCCCAUUCUACAGCAGAGCAGGAAGAGGCUGGAAGAAUUCAAUUCGACAUAAUCUCUCCCUGAAUAAAUGCUUCCGGAAAGUUCCAAGGCCACAGAGCGACCCUGGGAAGGGUUCUUAUUGGACGAUGGAUGGGCCACCUGACCAACAUCAGGCUAGAGGUGCAAAAAGACCUUGUCCUACAAGUGAGGAGGAGAUGGAAGUCCCUGAAAAAUCUCCAUCCACAGUGGACAAAACACAUAUCAGUCAAGCUGAGCAACUCCCUGUUCCACAAGAGAUCAAAAUUACUCUGUCUCCACCUCCAUGCAAGCGUCCACCCGCCCCAUUAAAUACAGCCCCUGCCCCUGCCCCUUCAGCCGAGCCACCGCUGCGUUUCUCCUUCGCCGAUCUCAACCUGCCGGACCUCUACACUUCAUUUCAGUCUCUCUGUCGCUCUGUGAGAGAGAGAGUCACUUCACAGUCGGAUACCACCAGUCUUCUUGGAAUACCGAGUGAUAUUGCACCGCUCCACACACCAACACUGCCACCUCUGUCACCUCACCACUGCCCCAGCACCAAUCCACCCACACAUAUGACCACUAGUAUGCACAUCGGUACCAACUUCAUGCCUAAUCUUAACCCGAGUUUCACUUCUAAUCAAAACCCACCGGUUAACGCUGAGCCUGACAGACUGCUACAUAACAAUGUUGUUCCUGCAGACUGGUUCAGUAAUGCUGAGUCUUUAAGAGAGAGCUUCAGAAUUGCCAACAGUUUGGACUGGUCUAAUAUAGAUCUCACCAAUCACCCAGACCUGGUAGAGAGCAUGCGUCAGGCAGAACUCUGUGACUGGGCGCUGGAUCCAGCUCUCUUCAUCUCACUUUGUGAUUCACUCAACCGCUUCUUCACUCACAGGGGUAUCAUCGGCUCACAGAUGGGCAGCCCGUCAUCUCUGAACCCGUUAGCUUCGCCUCUUACCAACAUGCAGUCGGCCGCUCAUCCACCUCUGCCGCAUUUAACGCAGCCCUCUCCACUUAGCUUACCUCCCCAGCUCCCGCACUGUAGCGGUGGUCCACCUGUUCAGAGCCACAGGAAAACUCUGACUCCUCAGAGUCAUAGUCAGAAUUCACAGAGGAACCUUGAAACCCAGCCAGCUGCUAGCCAGCCUCUGCCGUCCAAUACUAUUCAAGCACAACCUUUGACACCUCGAAACCGACCCACGAUGAAGCAUCUCCACAGCAACAGUGAAGAGAUUCAGGAUGACUUUGAUUGGGAUUCACUGAUUGUGUGAAUACUUCACGAAUUUUGUGGACUUGUGGAACAAUUUGAAAUACUGCAAAGAUUUAUUUAUCAAGAUGAGAGCUUUUGUUUAAAAUCUGAAAACAAAAUUCAAGUAUGUUUGUUGUACGGAGCGGCAGAUCAUCAAUUAUAUAUUAGCUAUUUAACAAGUCCUUAUUCCAAACACCCUACAUUUUAAAUUCCUUUGAAAUACUAAUUACCUCUUCUGAGUGACCAACAAUAGGAAAAAAAAAAACACACGCACACAUACAUAUAUAUAUAUACAUACAUACAUACAUAUAUAUAUAUAUA